AUGGCCAAUCCCUAUCAUUUUCGUCGCUAUUCGGUACACUGUUGGUUGUUGCUAUUUGUAGUAUUAUAUACGCUUGGCGGUGGUCUCAUUUUUCACGAACUGGAAAGUGAUGCAUCAAAAUCCUAUUGGAAUGGACAAAUUACAAAAACAAAUUUAUGUAUUACAGAGAUCUUAAGAAAAUUGAAAAAUUAUUCGGAUGAAACGGUGAAAAACAUUGAACGUUGCUGGAAAGUUGGUAUUGAUGAAAGAGUGGAAUGGAACUAUGUUACUUCAACUCUCUACGGAUUUGGCAUCAUUACAACAUUGGGUUACAGUCGCCUUGUACCAAUAACAACAACUGGUCGAUUGUUUUCCAUAGCUUACGGUAUACUGGGUAUACCGGUAACAAUGAUUGUAAUUGCUGUUUACGGUCGCCAUUUGAAUACUUUUGCUGCAAAUUGGAAACAAAAGUUGGUAACUUUUCAAACAAAAAAUUGGGGUAGAGAAGGAAACUUGAAAAAGAAUAAGGAUCGAAAGACAGAGGAAACGGAAGAAACGUCAUCUGGGUUUGCGACAGUUAUAUUUCUUAUAACUUUUCUGGUUUAUAUGAUAUUCGGUGCUUUACUGUUACCUCUUUUAAAUGGCAAGAUAGAUUUUGUCGACGGUUUAUAUUAUAAUUUUCUUUGCUUAACAGCAAUUGACUUUGGUCAACUCAUACCUAAUAGAAUUGCAUUUUUACCGAUAACAUUUGUAUAUAUAUGUGUUGGACUUGCCCUGGCAACUACUGCAAUCGACGAUGGUUCAAAGUAUGUCCGGAAAUUGCAGCAUCUUGGUGAAAGGAUCAAAAAUGUUGCUGCAACGAAAAUUUGGUUUGGUGGUAAAACAUUAAAAGUAGGAGAAGUAUUACGUGCGGUGGUUAAGAAAUGUGGUGUAGAAGUGUCGGUUAUUGACAAAAUUGAUUUAGAUACUCUUAUCGAAGAAACUAUUGCACAAAAUGAAGGCAAACUACCACCUCCAUUCACUGAUGAAGAAAAUCCAGUAUCAUCACCUCAAGCUACGGUCAAAUCACCGUCACCAACAGAGGAACCCCUUAAAAUGUGA